AUGAAAGUAAACAUAUACAGCCCAGUUUGUAACAAUUUACUAAAAAAUAUCGGAUAUUCGUUGUUAAAAAAGAAUGGAGUUGGUGUUAAGAACAUCAUAAGAACAAAUGUGGAAACAUUCUAUAGACCGAGCACCUCAGCAUAUAUAAACAGGAGAUUCUUUUCAGGUGUAGAUACCUCUAAGGAAUCGAGGGGAAAGUUAGACAAAGAUUCCGAAGAGAAAACCGAAAAUGAGACAAUGAAUGAAACAGAUGAACAGGACCUAACUCCAGAGGACGCACUUAGACAAGAAAACAAGUCGAUGAAACAGAAACUGUCAACACUGGAGAAUAAGCUGAAGGAGCUUGAGUUGAAGUAUAAGCUGAGCCUGAGCAACUGCGACAACAUGUGUAAAAUACAUAAGAAGGAGCUGGAUAACGCGAAGGUGUACGCAGUGACGGACUUCGCGAAGGCGCUCCUGGAAGUGGCGGACACGUUCGAGCUGGCGUUCCAGCACCUGAAAAACUCAGAGUCCGAAGGCUCGGACGACUUCGUGGACGGCAUUAAAAUGACGGAAAGCCUGCUCCAGCAGACGUUUGAAAGGUUCGGAAUUGAAAGAUACGAAAGCCUCAACGAGGAGUUCAACCCGCAGGUCCACGAGGCAAUGUUCGAAGUGGGAGACAAGAACAGCCACAACAAGGUGAUCCAGGUGGUUAAAAACGGAUACAAGAUAAGCGGCAGGAUCCUGAGGCCGGCUAAGGUAGGAGUGUCCAAAAGGCUAUAA